AUGGCGGAAUGGUACGGUCCCGCCGAAGAUAGGCCAUGGGCGGACAUGAUUGUAACCCGCUGGAGUUGGAGGAGUCGGGUAAAUAACUUGGAACACUUGAAGAUUCCUCUCAGUCAUAUUCUAUCAGCUACCCAUGAUUUCUCAUACCAAUACAGAAUUGGAUCUCUGAAUGACGUUCAACUGUACAGAGCAGAAUUGGAGCAUUAUGAUAAAGAAAAUUAUUCAUCAAAGAGAUACAACACUGUAAUUAUAAAACGCUAUCCUUCUGAUAGACGUCCCAAGUACUCUGGAGAAAAACAUUUUGUUACAGAAAUUGAAAUUCUUAGCAGCGUAGUUAAGAAUCCCCACAUAGUCAAUCUGCUUGGAUUUUGUGUUGAAGAUUCUGAGAUGAUCCUUGUCAUUGACAAUUUUUCUAACGGAUUCCUUGGUGAAUAUCUGAAAAACUUGAAAGACAAACGUGUUUUGACUUGGGAAAAACGUUUGAAAAUCUGCAUUGAUGUUGCACAUGGGUUACAUUAUAUUCACUGUCAGAUGGAAGACCAAAAGAUGAUAAUAAACCGUGAUAUACGUAGCUACACCAUUGGAUUAGAUGAGAACUGGGGGGCAAAAAUUGUUUCCUUUGGCAAAUCCAUAUUCUUGCCUCCAAAUCAAGAAGACAAAGCUCUCUAUCCCAAAAGUUGUAUUGGCAGAUCGUCCUACAUAGAUCCACAAUAUGAGAAGACUGGUAAGUUAAAAAGAGAAUCAGAUGUUUAUGGUUUCGGAGUAGUCUUGUUUGAAAUUCUAUGUGGGAGAUUAGCCAAUGACCCAAUUUACCUUAAGGAGAGUGACAAAGGGCUAGCCCCCGUAGCAAGACAACGCUUCAGCAUAGGAACACUAGAAGAGAUGAUAGAUCCUAUAAUAAAGGAAGAAACUGCUAAAAACACAUUUGUUCUAAAUAGCGGACCCAACAAGGAUUCUUUGCACACAUUUAUUUCAAUUGCACGCCAAUGUGUGGUGGAAACUCAAGACCAACGCCCAACAAUGAAAGUCGUAGUCAACGAACUUGAGAAAGCAUUAUUCUUUCAAAUUGCUUAA